AUGGUGCUAAAAUUCACUUCGAAUGUUGUUGAUCCUCCAGUGUUGCUGUACAUGGGUCGGGACAAGCACGAAAACGAGAAAUUGAUCAGGUAACGUUUUCUUUUAAUAUAAAGUAGUUAUAAUAGUGUCCAUCAGCUUUUACGACACUCAAAAUGAAGAUUUAACUGCUAUAUUAUGAUACUAUCUUAUUUAUACAAUUUUCUAUAACUGUGGUAAUAUUUAGGUGGGGAUGGCCAGAAGACGUAUGGUUUCACGUGGACAAGUAUUCUUCUGCUCACGUUUACUUGAGGCUGCCUCCCAACAUGACUAUCGAUACCAUACCUCAAGAUUUGAUCACAGAUUGCUGUCAGUUGGUUAAAGCUAACUCAAUUGAAGUAAGUUAACUGUUCUGUAGCGUUAUCUUGUUUUAGAUUACUUUUAUUACUAUUAUAACUUUUUUUAGACUCUAAUUCCAUUGAUAGUUGUUACAAGAUUUUUUGACAUUAAUUGACAUAUUGCUUUAGGGAUGUAAAUUGAACAACAUUGAUAUUGUCUACACAAUGUGGACGAAUUUAAAAAAGACUGGCGACAUGGUUGUUGGACAAAUUGGAUUCCACAGUGAGAAAGCUGUCAAAAAGGUAAGCUUACGUUAUUUUAUACUUAUUUUUUGAAUUUUAGGUUAGAAUUGAAACGAAGAACAACGUCAUUGUAAAUCGUCUGAAUAAAACUCAAAUUGUUGAUGAUAAUUACGAUUACCAAGAAGAAAGAGAAACUAGAGACCGAAAGGAACGUUUAAAAGAGGUAGGAUAAUUUCUUUUUAAAAGAUGAAUCGAUUUUAAGCUAAUGAACUUGUACUAUACAAAAGUCUUUAAUUUUUUAACUAUAAUGUAUGUUUCAGAAAGAAGCGGCCAGAAUCCGCCAAAAGGCUGAACAAGAAGAACGUGAAAGGAUUCUGAAGGACAAAGAAGCCAAGAGCUAUGAUCGUGUAUUCGAUGAGAAGAAGAUGAUGACGAACAAACAAAGAGCAGCUCUGAAGGCCGCUACUGGUGGAGAUGAAAGUUCAGAUGAUGAAUGUUUUUAA